UUUUUUUCCUUUUCUUUCUAUCUUAUUAUUUAAAUUAAUAAUUUUAGUGAGUGGUUACUUUAUGUAAAAGAACAAUAUUAUAAUUUAAAGUGCCACUGUCCCAGACUUUAUGUAAUUGUCCAAGAUACUAACAAUAUGGAAAUAUGUCGCCUUUACUUUAAUUUCUAUAAAGUGGGUAUCCACACACCACCAUGUUUCAUUAUCCAUAAAGUGACUCAAAGAAUCUACUUCCAUGGCCAAACUAAUACUCCAAAUCUUCUCCAUUUCCGUUCUCUAUUCACUGGUAGCCUUUCCAGCCACGGGAGAAGAAGAUCAUAUUUUUGGAAAAUCCAUAAAUGACAAGUCCAUGAGGCUAAAAAGGGAAAAACUCAGCCAUUUCAGAUUUUAUUGGCACGACGUCCUCAGUGGCUCCAAACCAACAUCUAUGAUAAUUAUCCCACCUCCCAGAAAUACUACCACAGGCUUUGGUCAAAUGAAUAUGAUAGAUAAUGCCCUAACCUUAGGACCAGAGCUGAGUUCCAAGAUAGUUGGAAGGGCACAAGGGUUUUACGCUGCUGCUUCACUAAAUGAUGUUGGCUUAAUGAUGGUCAUGAACUUUGCUUUUAUCGAAGGAAAAUAUAAUGGGAGCACCUUCACUAUACUUGGACGAAAUCCGGUAUUUGAGAAGGUGAGAGAGAUGGCCGUGAUCGGCGGCAGUGGGCUUUUCCGAUUUGCUAGAGGAUAUGUUCAGGCUAGUACUCAUUCAUUGGAUUUCAAAACUGGCGAUGCUACUGUUCAGUAUGAUGCCUAUGUUUUGCAUUAUUGAAGUUUACUAAUAUUAUAUAUCACUCUAAUCGGCUAGCUGGCUUUUAAUUAAUAAUUAUGUCGUGACCACACUUUUUUCAUUCGUCUUGUCAAUUGUCAUAUUGGAGUAUAGAUAGUACGGAAAAGUUCUUUUCCUUUCUUGACCAAUUUCAUAUCUUUAUACUACAGCUGGAUUAUUUA